AGCAACCGGCCGGCUAACGUCAGCUUGUGAACUAACGCUAGCUUGGUCGCUGUACCUGAGUUCAAGCUAAAAAAACGAAGCAUAUAACCGAUAUGGCGAACUUUUAUAUGUAAUCUAACUGCACAGUGAGAUGUCAGAAAUCAUUUGAGUUACAUACCAAUACCCACCGUACCUCCGCUAUUUAACGUUAGCUAUCUUUUUCGCCGGGCGUUGGCACCAGCAAACAGCAACUUGGUCCAGUCAGGGAGAAGCUGAGCGUCCAAGUCCCGACUUCCACUACGACUGUCAAGCAAGGCAAACUAAUACCGGAUAUCACCACCAAGUACAACAUUUACUAGUUUUCUCUGGUAAUGGUUCUGUCUUGACACGACUUCAUGCGAGGUGGUUCAUGCAGCAGAAGUGGUGACGUAACCUGCUAAAUCCCACACACCUUGCAUCCUCACCUGAGUCUGAGAUCUUCUAUACCUCUUCCACAGUAUAACAGUUGCCCUGUCUUUGUUAGGUCUGAGCAAACUGGCUGUGUAUAAAAGCACCUGAUAGAUGACCUCCUUGUACAAGGUAGUCAUGGGCAAAGUACUGUUUGUGACGGCUCUGGCCCUGCUGCUGCAUGCGCAGCUUGGCUCAUCCUUCAUACUGUCAUGCUACUUCACAAACUGGGCACAGUACAGACCACCUCCAACCAUUUUUAUGCCCAAUGACAUCGACCCAUGCCUGUGUACCCAUCUUCUGUAUGCCUUUGCCACCAUAAAGAACAACCAACUGGCCACCUAUGAGUGGAAUGAUGUGGAGCUUUACAGUCAGUUUAAUGCCCUUAAGAACAAGAAUGGCAACCUGAAGACUCUUCUGUCUGUUGGAGGAUGGAACUUUGGCUCUACAGGGUUUUCACAAAUGGUGCUGAGUGCUGCCAACCGUCAGACCUUCAUCAACUCAGUCAUUUCAUUCCUGAGGAAGUAUGAGUUUGAUGGACUUGACAUUGACUGGGAGUAUCCAGCCAACAGAGGAGGCUCUCCUGAGGAUAAGCAAUACUUCUCUGUUUUCCUGGAGGAGAUGAGAGCUGCAUUUGAGAAUGAGGCCAAGCAAAGCAACAAGGCUCGUCUUCUGAUGUCUGCUGCUGUGGCGGCUGGAAAGAGCAACAUUGAUUCAGCUUAUCAGGUUCCCAAGCUUGGCCAGGCCCUGGAUAUGAUCAAUGUCAUGACGUAUGACUUCCAUGGCUCUUGGGACCCAAUGACUGGUGAGUGCAGUCCCCUGUUCAGAGGCCCAGAGGACCAGGGUGGCUACAUCUAUUUCAAUGUGGACUAUGCCAUGAGCUACUGGAAGAGCCUGGGAGCCCCAGCUGAGAAGCUGCUUGUUGGUUUCCCAACGUAUGGUAACACAUUCACUCUUAGGAACCCUGCUGACCAUGGUGUUGGAGCACCUAUUGCUGGUGCUGGAACACCAGGAAAGUACACACAAGAGGCUGGGGAACUUGCUUACUUUGAGAUCUGCGGCUUUUUGAAAGAUGGAGCAACUGAGGUUUGGAACCAGGCCCAGGAUGUGCCGUAUGCUUACAAAGGAAACCAGUGGGUGGGGUAUGACAACAUCAAGAGCUUCCAGAUCAAGGCUGACUGGCUGACAAAGAGUAACUAUGGAGGUGCCAUGGUGUGGACCCUUGACAUGGAUGACUACUUGGGCACUUUCUGUAACCAGGGAAAAUACCCACUGAUUAAUGUUCUCAAAAAGGGCCUUAAUCUGGAACAAGCAUCCUGUGCCCCGCCUGCCACUCCACUUCCUCCAAUCGCAGGAGUGAGUGCGACUACUGGAGGCAGCUCUGGAGGCAGCUCCAGUGGAGGCAGCUCCUCAGGUGGGGACUCGGGCACCAGCGGCAUGGACAGCGGGUUCUGUGCUGGAAAGGCCAGUGGCAUGUACCCCGACCCAACAAACAAGAACCAAUUUUACAACUGCAACAAAGGCAAGACCUACUUUGAGAACUGUGCUGCUGGUCUGGUCUUUGACAGUUCCUGCUCUUGUUGCAACUGGUCCUAAAGCUCAAGUUUUAGAUUGACUGGUUAACUGUAGGCUGAAUGACUCUGUUUUACAAUUGUUCUUAGUUCUCAGGAGCCAUCUUCUCUGAGUAAAAAGUCCUUCUUUCCACAUUGGAUGUAUAACAAUGUAAAACUAAUGCUGUUCUCUAGAGUAAUUUUCAAAGCAAAGAAAAUAAACAUUUGAAUUGUU